GCCCUUUCGAGGAGUAAACAGAAAGCGAAGCGCUACCCGGGACGGGAUGGACGAGGGCUUUAUCGGGGCUUUCGGCAGCCUGAACCUUGGCGGAGCCCCCCGGGGCAGACACAGGCAGCGCCCCAGUGAGAGGCCCUGUGCGCCCCAUCAUCCUCCUGCCCCCGCUCGUCGUCCAUCCAGGUUCACCAAACACAUCUACCUCCUAAGGGGGCUCCCCGGCUCCGGCAAGACCAGCCUAGCCAGGAAACUGAAACAAGAGUUUCCAAGUGCUCUUCUGUUUAGCACAGAUGAUUACUUUAUCAUGGAGGAUGGUUCAUACUUCUACGACCAGGAUUUGCUACCAGAGGCCCACAGAUGGAAUCAGAGAAGAGCACGUAAAGCGAUGAACAGAGGGAAGACUCCCAUUAUUAUAGACAAUACCAAUGUUCAGGCAUGGGAAAUGAAACCAUACGCAGUAAUGGCACUUGAGAAUGGUUAUCAAGUCCUUUUUCGAGAGCCUGACACAAGUUGGAAGUUUAAUGUAAGAGAAUUAGCAAGAAGAAAUACCCAUGGUGUUCCAAGAGAGAAGAUUCAGCGAAUGAAAGAGGUUUAUGAUCAUAACGUCACCUUCCAUGCAGUUCUCCAUUCAGAAAAGCCGACUCGAAACAACAGACACGCCUGAAAACGGAUCACUCGGAGACAGACCGGUAACCGAUAUCGGGAGAGGGCAUUUUUAAAUCUACGAGGAAUACCCAACAUGGAUCCUUUACAUGUACUGACAAGCAGUACCGAGCCCCAGGUACCAGCCACGGACACAGCACUGUGUCACGAUGGAAACUGUUAUUUUGGUUAUAACCAAUAUUUUAUACUCUGAUCACAUUUGUUACAUAAACCCACCACCAUUCCAGAAUGCUUUCUCCAUACAGCCUGUACCAGCCGGUUGGCUAUUUCAUAAUUUGACUCA